GGAGCCUCUCGCUGUGACUCCCAGACCCUGCUGGGCUCCUUGGUCUCAGGCUUGGUCCUGGAGCUCGUGGAGAGGUGGGUAGGCUGCCUGCACACUGACACGGCCACAGGAUUCUCUGCAAAUCCCUGAGCACCGUCAAGGCUGGUGUGCUUGAUCGAAAAUGCUGUUUGGUCUAUGCUGCGAAAGAGAGGGACUCUUCAAGUUCCUGUAUGUGGUACACAUCUUCAUUCUUGCAGGAGUGCUGUAUUACUAUUUACAGAAGUCUGUGGGGAAAAUAGCCCCGGAGAUGGUGGGGCAGUCGUCGCAGCCCAUGGGGAAGACCUUACGGCCAGUGUGGGGGAUGAUGAUGGAUAAGUGCUACUCUGAAACCACGCAGAGACACAGAGUCAAGAGUGAGAAGCAGCAAGCCUCGGGGGCCAGAAGCCCCAGGACAACAGGAAGACAGAACGAUUCUGUCCCCAAGGAGGAGACUGACAUCUCACCUCAGGGGGAAGGGCAGGAAAAGAAAAAGGACCAUCAAGAAGUCAUGGAAUACUCACUGGGGGCUUCUGUGAUGGAGAGCAAGGAGGAAAGGCUGUUGGGCUGGGUGCCCCAGCUCCUGAGAAAGUUCUGGCCCAGCUGGUUUCUAGCCUCUGACACCCCCAAGAUGCAGAGCCAUGAAUGA